UAUAAAAGUGCGGCAUUGCAAAAGUAUGUUAAUAUUGGUAUUAGUAUUUUUUAAGUAAUUAAAUUUUUUCCUCAAAAUAAAAAUGAAUUUCAAAGGGUACAUUGGAUAUAUAUUUCUUCUCACAUUUACUUAUAUAGUCAUUUACUUUAUUUACAUUCGAAACGAAGAGGAUGGUAUACAGAAGCCAAAUGCAUAUGCGAAAAUACUAAACAAACAAGUGACUGUUGAUAAUGUUUCAAAAGUGUCGAGUAUACAACAGAAUAAAACAAAAUUAACCAAAUAUAUUUUGUAUUGGACAAAGAUGUUUGGUCGUGAAGACUUUUAUUACGGUUUAGGAUACGAACCGUUUCAAAAAUGUGAAUAUAAGAACUGUUUUACUACAUCAAAUAAAAAUUAUAUGGAUAUCAGAAAUUAUAACGCAAUUAUGUUUCACGGUCCGUUAUACGACUUUAAAAAGAAUGGUAAGCCAUCGGCACGAUCUGACCACCAACGAUAUGUUUUUGCGAAUUUAGAAUCACCAGGAAAUUUUAAUAAAAACCUUAACUAUGCAAAUGGAUUUUACAACUGGACAAUGACUUACAGGAUGGAUUCCGACAUUCCGAAUCCUUACGGUUUUUAUGUUAAAUCAAAGAUAAAUUACACUGCACCUUCCAGAGAUCAAUUGAAAUCAAAAAAAAGUUUAAUCGCUUGGUUUGUGUCACAUUGCAAAGCUUCUAGCAAACGAGCAGAAUUGGUGAAGAGCAUAAUGCAAUAUACACCAGUCGAUAUAUAUGGCCACUGCGGCACUUUAAACUGCAGUCGAAAGAAUGGGCACUGUUAUACACUUCUUGAAAACAAUUAUAAAUUUUACUUAUCCUUUGAAAAUUCAUACUGCAAAGAUUAUGUGACGGAAAAAUUUUUUAACAUACAUAAUAUUUCAGUUGUUCCAGUAGUUUAUGGAAGGGCGAACUACAAAGAAAUUGCACCACCUCAUUCGUUUAUAAACAUCGAAGAUUUUUCAUCCGUAAAAGAACUGGUAAGUUAUUUGAAACAUUUGGACAGGAACGAUGACGAAUAUUUAGAGUAUUUUAAGUGGAAAACAGACUACUAUGUUGUCUCGUCUUUUACAUACUUUAUAUGUGAUUUGUGUAAAAAACUGAACAUCGACUUUACACCUAAAACAUAUCCUAACAUACAAAAGUGGUGGAAGGGUGAAAAAGAUACUGUUAUGUGUUAUAAUAAUGAUGCUUUACCCCAAAUUGUUUUGGAAAAUUCGAAUAAAAGUAUAGUUGAUAAAAUUCAAAAAAAUACAACAGUGUUAAACUAAUAAAUGAAAAUUAAAAAAUAAAAAUUUUAAAUCUAGAAAACGGUUUUAAAUUCCACACGUUACUAAAUUUAUCUACGCAUCUUCAGUUGUAUGUGAAAAGUAUUUUUAAGAAACAGAAAGAAAUAUAAAUUGUAAUUUGUAGAUUUGUAUUUAUUUGCACCAUACUUAAUUCUACGUUUUAUUUGUAUCUCUGAUUAAUUUUGAAAUCAAUUUUUUAUGGAACACUAUGAGAGUUUUGGGAUUGAAAGUAAACUCGUCGAGCUGAUAAAAUCUGUUAACUGAGAGACAGAAAAGUUACAUGAAAGAACCGUAUAAUCAUGAUCUGUUGUACUCAUCGGUUUACCUACUUUAUAAGUCAUAAACCGUAGAAAUCUAUGCCUAAUACCUUCAGCGACACAAUCCUGAAUAACUGUGAUGAUCUCCAUACAACUGAGCAAUAAGUUAGUAGAGGAAAGAUGUUUGAAAAGUAUAAUAUUAUAAAAGACAAAAGACAUAACUCUAAUAAACGACCUUGUAAACUG